AGUGUACCAGCUAUUACAGUCAGAUUAGAGGUUCCGAUUUUUAUCAACAAUCUUGGCAAAUCUUUUAGGUUAUACAUUUAAAAUUACUUGUUUGUAUUUCACUUUUACUUUGAGAACUGUGCAUACCUACUACUAUGGCAGAAAAUAUUGAUUUCACUAAUCUUAACAAAAUUAUAGUCAAUACUGGAAAUUUAUUAUCCAUUAAUGAUAUUACAAAAAAACCUAAUCAGAAUACUUCAGAAGAGCUGGUGGAAGCCAUAAACUUUACCUUGAAGGAGUUUGGUAGUAAUGGUAGCUUACAGUUACAACCUGAUCAACAAGUUGUAAUAAGCAGACCACAGGACAACCUUAAAAUAAGUGAGCAUGAACUGUCAGAUUUAAAAAUUGGUUUCAAGGUUUUCUUGAAUACCGAUGAUCAAGUAUUACUUACUGAAGCUAUUGAAAAAGCGCUAUCAUUAUUGAAAGUUAAUGCGAUUAACGACGUUAUCGUAACUUUUAAACAAAAACCUUCCGAAGAUAAAAAAGAUGAUUUAAAUAUAAUUCAGAGUGCUUGGAAAGUGUUAGAAGAUUUGAUAGAAACACAGCAAGUUAAACAAAUAGGAAUUGCCGACGUUGAAGAAAAUACUUUCACAAAGUUAUACCAGUGGGCUAAAGUCAAACCCAGUAUUAUCCAAAUCAACUUAGCAACUUGUUGUGUUGUACCGCCGUCACUGCAGACGUUUUGCAAAGAACAUGAUAUCAAACUGUUAACACACAGUGAUGCAGUUGAUAUUCUACCUGCACAGUCCAUCCAAAGUAUAUUUGACAAACCAUUGGUGCUUCAAUGGGCCUUAAGGUUUUUGAUACACGUGAAAUGUAGGGGUGUUCUUACCACCAAGGGAUAUCUACUGAAGUUUCUUGAUCAAUAAUUACUAAAAAUUUUAAUGCUUCAGAAAAUUUAAAACUUUUGUGAUAAAAAAUGUAUUAUAUAUUUAUAGUUGUGAAUAUAUAGCUAUUGAGAUGAUAACGGUUACAUACAAAACACCAUUUAAGCAUUAAAUAUGUUCAUUACUUCU